AUGGACUUUUCAGACGGACCGGAGAUGGAAAAUGAUUUGGAAAAGAGUCUCUUGGAAAAUGGAACUGAGACGGCAGGUUCUGAGCCAAUCACUGACCAGGAAAUGAUAGAAAAAGAGGAGCUCGCUAGAUUUCUUGCUCUGCAAGAAGAAGCCUGGAUGGAAGAACUGUGGGAGCCUGAAAAUGUAGAUGUGGGAGCCUGAAAACGUAGGCGCUUGCUACUUGAUUCUGAAGAAUUGCUGCAACAGAACAAUCCCGGGGACUUGACAGAGGUCUUGUCGGAUUCCACUGAUCAUUUGGACAAUUCAAGUGACACCGUAGUAGAUCAAAUUGGUGCAAGUCUAGAGCCAUCUAAUUUGAUCUCAAAUCUUUUUGGAUCUCAAGAACCCUUAGCCGAAGAACAUAAAGACCUUGUUCUAGAGAAAAUAGGCCGAGACUGUUGCUUGAAUUGGUUGGAGAUGGGGCAGGAACCGGAUUCAUUGGCUCUCGACACCUAUGAGAAGGGAGAUUGUGAAAUGAAGUAUAAUACUCAAAAAGCGGUGAAAACUGAAAUGAAGACUACAAUUUUGACUAGGUUGCAACUGAGAAAAUAUGAAGAGACCGUGGAUCUACUAGCUUGGAAAAUCAAUAAGCUCGUCAAAGCUCUGGUAGAAGGCACACCUAGAAGUUUAGCUGAAAUUGAGGGGGAAGUGAAUGAAUUAAUUAGAGCGACAGUUGAAAACCUGGAUAAAUUUGCAAUACGUAUUCCGGAACAUCAAGUUUAGUGGAAGAUUUUGAAUCAAAAAAUUUUUGGUUUGGCAUGAAACAUCCUAGUUUAACGUCUAAUGAUAUUGAUCUCUACUUUUUGUGAUAAUAAGUUCAAAGGUGGCGUAAUUCUUGUGGGAUCUGAAUAUUACACGUGGCGUCAGAGUGUCUCAUUUCGGUUUGAUCUACGUAGAUCUACAAAAAAUGCGGGAGAAGAGACGCAGAGUUCUCAACUGAUUUCGUAUGGUUAAGAACGUGCUGACGUCACAUAUUUUGGGCAAAAUAUUCCCGCAUUUUUUGAUCAAACCGUUAUGGGAGAGCCUGACACCACGUGAUAUUACGUAAAGUUUUCAAACAAGCU